AUGUCAGACAAGGAGAUAGAAAAGCCUUUUGUCAAGGAUAAUAACUCUCCAUAUGGAAAGGCAGUUAACAGAGAACCUUCGGGCCAUAUGUUCCAGAAGGUGACCAAUUCCGGUCCAAUCUCUAUCCUAUGCUACUGUCUAUCAUCGAUCUUAAUGACUACUACUAAUAAAUAUGUUGUGUCUGGUUACAAUUUCAACAUGAACUUUGUUAUGUUAGCAGUGCAGUCCAUUGUCUGUGUCUUGGUCAUUUCAGUCUUGAAGUUUUCGGGCGUUAUCACUUACAGAAACUUCAAUAAGAAUGAGGCCAGAAAGUGGUCUCCGAUCGCUUUCUUAUUGGUCAUUAUGAUCUACACCUCUUCCAAGGCUUUACAAUUCUUGACUAUUCCUGUCUACACCAUCUUCAAGAACUUGACCAUUAUCUUGAUUGCGUACGGUGAGGUUUUAUGGUUUGGUGGUUCGGUCACUUCAAUGGCUUUGGGUUCCUUCUUUUUGAUGGUGCUUUCUUCUGUUGUGGCCUGUUUCGGUGACAAGAAUUCCGAGGGUGCUCUUAACUUGAAUGUCGGUUACGUUUGGAUGUUCUCAAACUGUUUUGCAUCUGCCUCCUUUGUCUUGUUCAUGAGAAAGAGAAUCAAGUUGACUAACUUCAAGGACUUCGAUACCAUGUACUACAACAAUAUCUUGUCGAUUCCAAUCUUGAUUAUUGCUUCCUUGAUUCUUGAAGACUGGUCUAGUGAGAAUUUAGCUCUCAACUUCCCUCCAGAUAGUAGGGCUUCCGUCAUCUCUGCCAUGAUCUUCUCCGGCGCUUCUUCCGUCGGUAUCUCUUACUGUUCAGGUUGGUGUAUCAGAGUUACUUCUUCGACCACAUAUUCUAUGGUUGGUGCUUUGAACAAGUUACCUAUUGCCUUGUCCGGAUUAAUUUUCUUUGAUGCUCCAAUCAAUUUCUUCUCCGUGUCUUCUAUUUUCGUCGGUUUCUCUGCCGGUCUUCUUUAUGCUGUUGCUAAGCAAAAGCAAAAGGAGGCUGAAUCAAGAAAACAACAAUUACCAAAAUAA